CAAAUAGUCUUAGCCCGGCCUAAACAGUUCAACAUGCACAGCCCGAACGUGCGGUCUCACUGCACCAGCAGGUUGGCAACCCUGGCAGCUUUGGCAACAAUAGCAACCCUGUGCUGUACGAUUGCCCUGCUGCAAGGAGCUGUGGCCAGUGGUGGGGAUGAGCCGGGGAAUCCACGAAGCAGCGGCUUUGGAAUCGCUAGCAUCGAAUCUGUGGUGAGUGCAUUGAAUGCCAGCGCCUGGAAGUUGACCAACAGCAGCGAUUGGCCGCCAGCGUAUGUGGCACCUGCCACACCUGAGAUGCAAAAUCAAGGCAACACCUUUGACUAUAUUGUGGUGGGAGGAGGCAGUGCCGGCAGCAUUGUGGCAAGUCGAUUGAGCGAGCAACCGAAUGUUCAAGUGCUGCUGCUGGAGGCGGGCAACUUGCCACCUCUUGAGUCGGAGAUUUAUGGCUGGAGUGGCACGCUGCAUCAUGAUGCACGCUACAUGUGGCACGAUGAGGCCGAACCGAAUCCAAAGUGUUGUCAGGCCAUGCAACCGCCACACGGCUGCUGCUGGUGGCACGGACAGUUGCUCGGUGGCACCGGCGCUAUCAAUGGCAACAUCUAUGUGCCAGGUAGUGCGGAGAAUUUUCAGGGCUGGCGCUGGCGACUCGGCUUAAAGGGUUGGGAUUGGUUGCACGUGCAACACGCUUAUCGCCGCCUGCAAACGCAAUUGCAACUCAGUUACUUUCCCGUCGAGCCCUUGAACUUGCGACUCUCGACAUUGAUCUAUGCUGCCACCGCGGAAUUGGGCGUGCCACGCAUGCGGCAACCUCUGGUGGCAGGCAGCAGCUUUGGCUACACGCACCAUGUGCCUGCCACAAUCAACAGCGGACGGCGAGCGAACAGUGCACGCAAAUAUCUGGCCACACCCGAGGUGCGACAACGUUCCAAUCUUCGUAUCCUGCACGGAGCUCAAGCCGAGCGUCUGCUCUUCAACUCGCCGGGGAGUGGGCAACCGAGGGCUAGGGGAGUCUCCUACACGUUGCAAGAUCGCAACGGCAGCUUUGGUGUCUGGGCCCGAAGGGAAGUGAUUGUCAGUGCGGGCGCCAUUAACUCGGCCAAAUUGUUGCUGCUCUCGGGAAUUGGCCCCGCUCAAAAGCUGACCAAACUUGGCAUCAGAUCGCAACUGGAUCUGCCGGGAGUCGGUGAGAAUUUGCAUGAUCACGGCAUGUUGCCGCUUUUCCUACGCUUCACACGCAACUGUGCCGUCAACAGCACCUCCGACAGGGGGCGUGGCGCGUUUGAGCCCGCCUCGGUGGCCGAGUAUCUGUUGCAGGAUCAGCGUGGUCCUUUGGCGUCCAGUUUCUCCAUGAUGGGUUUCCUCAACUCGAGUGCACCGCAAAGUCGCAGUGGACAGCCCGAUCUUCAUGUUGUGGCACACACGUUGUUGCAACGCGGUGGCGCCGGCAGCUUUGGCUAUUUGGGCUUCCGUCCAGAGUUGGUGGCGGCCCAGCAGGCGGCGCUGCAGCAGACGGACAUGUUGCAAGUCAUGGGCUCCCUGUUGUUGCCCAAAUCACGAGGCAGCGUCAGCUUGCGCAGCAAGGAUCCUCGACAGAAGCCCUUGAUACGCAACAAUUAUGGCGAUCAUGCCGAUGAUCGUGCCACAUUGUUGCGCUUUGUGCGCUACGUGCAACAGCUGGCUGCCACACGCGCCUUUCAACGCUGUGGCAUGCAACUGUGGCUGCCACCGUUGCCCGAAUGCGAUGUCCUGCCACCGGACUCGGAUGAUUAUUGGCUGUGCCACAUUCGUUACAUGUUCAUUGGGGCGUGGCACGCCGUCGGCACUUGCCGCAUGGCAGCUCCAACUCAUCCACGUGGCGUCGUCGAUGAACGCCUCAGAGUGCGUGGCAUCCAAGGAUUGAGGGUUGUGGACGCCAGUGUGAUGCCAGAGAUAACUGCUGGACACACAAAUGCACCAUCCAUGAUGAUUGGCGAGCAGGGAGCACGCAUGAUACGGGAGGAUCAGUGGAAUGGGGAUGAGCUUAAUGAGGAUCAGUUGGAAGAGGAUCAGUUGAAUGAGGAUCAGUUUAAUAAAGAUCAUUUCAAUGAAGAUCAGUUCAAUGAGGAACAGCUGGAGGAGAAUCAGUUGGAAGCCAUGCUAGGAAAUCAAGCAGAGGAGAACCAACUAGAUAAUGAUCUGCCUGAUCUAAAUAAUGAAAUUCCUUUAUAAUAAACAUAUGUAUCCAAAUAACAUAUCAGUUAAUUACUCCCUUUAUACCCUGUAAUACUAGCAUCAUUAAAUUAUCCCAAACUAUAUACAAAGUUAAUAUUUGCAUGAA